AUGAAGAACGUGAUUCGUGAUUUAGACAAAGAGUUUACAGUUACCAUAUGCGGAAGUUACAUGCGGGGAAAAGCUGAGAGUGGUGAUAUUGAUGCACUAAUCACCCACCCCUCACUCAAAGUGUCGCGAAACCAGAAGAAGCAAGGGGACAUAUUUCUAAGCAACAUUGUUACAGCCUUAAAGGAAGUCAUAACGGAGACCAUCUCAAAAGGAGACACAAAAUUUAUGGGUGUGUGCAGACUAUCCCCAAAUCACCCAGCAAGACGACUGGAUAUAAGGCUAAUUCCUCAAGAGCAGUAUCAUUGUGCAGUUCUGUAUUUCACCGGAAGUGACGUUUUUAAUAAACAAAUGCGCGCGCAUGCUUUAGAGAAAGGAUUUACGCUGAAUGAGUAUUCACUCAGGCCGGUUGGAGUAACGGGUAUACCAGGCGAGCCCAUAGAUUUAACGUCAGAGGAAGAUAUAUUUGACUACAUUGAUUAUCCCUACAAGAAGCCAGAAGAACGGGAAAUAUAA